UCAGCUAAAAGCAUUGGAGUUUGGAUGAAGCCGCUGGGGAAGACGCUCGUGCAACCAUGAGCCGAGGGAAACGUGACAACAAUUUCUCUGUCUUUGAAAUUGGAGAUUCCACUUUCAAUGUUCUGAAGCGCUACCAAAACCUGAAGCCUAUUGGAUCAGGAGCCCAAGGAAUAGUAUGCGCUGCAUACGACGGUGCUCUAGAGAGACAUGUUGCUAUCAAAAAGCUGAGUCGGCCCUUCCAGAAUCAAACCCACGCCAAGAGGGCAUACCGGGAGCUUGUGCUCAUGAAAUGUGUCAAUCACAAGAAUAUAAUUGGGCUCCUAAACGUCUUUACACCGCAGAGGUCUCUGGAGGAAUUCCAAGACUUGUACAUCGUGAUGGAGCUUAUGGAUGCCAAUUUGUGUCAGGUGAUACAGAUGGAGCUGGAUCAUGAGCGCAUGUCCUACUUGCUUUACCAGAUGUUGUGUGGCAUAAAGCACCUACAUUCUGCAGGGAUCAUACAUCGGGAUUUAAAGCCAAGCAACAUCGUAGUGAAGUCUGACUGCACCCUAAAAAUUCUCGACUUUGGCCUGGCCCGGACAGCAGGAACAAGCUUCAUGAUGACCCCAUACGUUGUCACCCGUUACUACAGAGCUCCGGAAGUUAUCUUAGGCAUGGGAUACAAAGAAAACGUGGACUUGUGGUCCGUGGGGUGCAUAAUGGGAGAAAUGAUAUGUCACAAGAUCCUGUUCCCUGGAAGGGACUAUAUUGACCAGUGGAACAAAGUCAUUGAGCAACUGGGGACUCCCUGCCCAGAGUUCAUGAAGAAACUGCAGCCUACUGUGAGAACAUAUGUGGAGAACAGACCCAAAUAUGCAGGUUACAGCUUUGAGAAGCUUUUUCCAGAUGUCCUGUUUCCUGCAGACUCUGAGCACAACAAGUUAAAAGCCAGCCAAGCCAGAGAUCUGCUCUCAAAGAUGUUGGUUAUAGAUGCUUCCAAGAGGAUCUCCGUUGACGACGCUUUGCAGCAUCCUUACAUCAACGUUUGGUACGAUGCUUUAGAGGCUGAAGCACCACCUCCAAAGAUUCCAGACAAGCAGCUGGAUGAGCGAGAACACACGAUAGAGGAAUGGAAAGAGUUAAUAUACAAGGAAGUCCAUGAUUGGGAAGAAAGAGUCCGGAAUGGUGUGAUCCGUGGGCAGCCAGCCCCUUUAGGUGCAGCAGUGACUGACGGCUCCCAGCCUCAAACCUCCUCUUCAUCAGCUGACGCUUCCUCCAUGUCCACCGACCCAACGCUGCCCUCGGACACAGACAGCAGCCUGGAAACCUCUGCAGGGGCCCUGGGCUGCUGUCGAUGAUUCAACGGCGGGGAGGGAUGGGGAAAUAUACACGGAUGGCAGGGAGGGAGGAGGUAUAGAGGAAACCUCAAAGGGGUUGUGUAGCACAAGAUGGCGGCAGGAGGAUGCCACUUGUAUUAUUGGAAGAGUACAUAUUAUUAACCCCUUAGCUGCCCGAAAACCUUCCUGCUUGCCCUGCAGUUGUGGUGGGGGGAGGGGGGACGCGAGGCCUAGAAAUAAAAAUAAUUGAAAAAAAAAAGUUGGCUUAAGACCCCUGUAAGCGCUGGAGAGAAAGCCACAACGCACUCCCUGCCAGGACUAAGUUAAAGAGGUGUAGGUUCAUUUUUAUUUUUUUAUUUUAUUUUUGUGCUGUAAUUUGAA